GCGACCACCUCCCGUCGUUCGCUUCACCGCGCCAGUCGUUGCACGACGGAGAGUCGUCAGUAGUUUCACGAGUGGUAUCAACCGCGGGUGGUUUGCGCGUGCCAGUGUGCGGUGGUGGUCGCCGUGCGAUUCGUGCCGUGUGGUCGCGCAGUACAGCCGUUCUCGCGCAGCGCACAACGAAACGCGGCCUGAUCGUGAUAACCGACGAGAGUUCGGUCGCGGUGUACGUUUAUCGAGGGAGCUCUCGUGCGCUCUCCUUCGCCGCACGGGUAUCGUGUUCGUGUCUCUCCGGCGGCCGCCACGGUUCGUCCACGCCCGUUCGCUACGUUUUGCGGCGCUUCGCGUCGCGCCAGCCGCGUUCUAUUCGCUCGAUCGCCGGCUGAUCUCGAGUGACAAUCGCGAGAAGCGAUGUAACGUCGCGCUGUGACGUCACGCACGUCGGGUCGCUAAUCGAGACGUACACAGACACGCGCGCGCGAACACAAAUACGGACCUGAGCGGACAGCGCGCGCGCGCGCGCUCUCCGUCCGUCGUCGCCGUCGUCGCCGCUCGGUCCGUCGCUGUCUCCUUCUUCGUCUCUCUCUGUGGCGCGCUGCUUCGUGUGUACACUCGCCCGUAUCAUACGCAAUACGCGACAAGAGUGAGUGAGUGAGAGAGAGAGGGAGUAAGAAUUCGCGCACUCGCUCGCAGUGCGGCAAAGAUAAAGAGAGACGGAAGAGGGAUAGAAACGUUGGUAAGAUUGUGAGAAACGAGGGACAAAGAGCGUUGAGCGAUAGAUAAGAGGAGUGAGCGAGAGAGGACGAGACAGAGGAGAGAAAGACACACGCAUACAUAUAUGCGCUCUCGCCGCGAGCGCGGAGUCGUCGGGGGAAAGGGCGAGGAGGAGGAGGAAGGGGGGUCGGGAGACGAGGCGCGCGGCGGGACGUUCCGCCGCGACGUACUUGCGUGUGUCCAGCGUUCGCAAGGAGGUUCGCGCCGCGGCUGCCGAGGAGGAUGAGAAGAGCGGCGAGGCCGCCGGCCGCGAGACACUCCGCGACGAGAUAGACCCUUCUGGAAGGCUCGCGCGAGCGGCGCGGCGCCUCGUUGCGGUCGUCGUCGCCGUCGUGCCGUCGUUGUGCUCGUCGUCGCGUCGCCGUCGUCGUCGUCGUCGUCGUCGUCGUUGUUGUUUGUUGUGUCGCGCAGCGACGGUGCGCUGCUGGCACACGCGUUUUCGACACACGUGCGAAGCGGCAUAAAGGAGAUAAGAGGCGAGACGAGGAGCGGUGUCUGCGUCCCGUGGCGCCCCACUGUGUUUUUCUGCGGAAAGAGCGACGAUAGAAGAGGAGGAGCAGGAGGAAAGGAGUAAAGAGGUGGAGGAGGAGAAACAGCAGCGGCAUCAGCAGCAGACGUAUCGCCGCGUUUCUCGAAUAUCUCUUUCCACGAGGCGAACCCUCGCAGCUGGGAACCCGCUCUGAACAAAUGCGCGCGUCGUUUCCGCCGCGCGUUCGUCCCUGAAGAACGUUCUUCGCGACAGCGAACGCCGAGACACGCUGCAACGGACUGUAUCCGCGGCGCGAGGAGGAAAGAGAAAGAAAGACAGACGAGUAACCUCGACCUCAAACUCUCUUGACGGCAGCGCAAGAAGCGAGGAUGGAAUCCUCGCCGUCGUCGAGCAGUCGCGGAUAAGUCGGUCGAAUAUCGUGUGCGCGCGUGUUGUGUGCUGUCUACGAGUGCGCUACUACAGCGUUGUCAACGUUGUCGUUUUCGUGGUCGCAGAGUGCGCGAAUAAUAAUCCGCGCGUUAUAAUGCACGGCGGCGCGCCGGAUCCCGCGCAGCGUCGCAAGAAAGCAGCAGCGGCCGGGUUUCUACGUUCCGUUUUUAUUCGCUCGUCGGACGGUCCGCUGCUCUGAGAGUCAAGUUCGUCGCGCUUCGCUGUGCGCGCCGCCGCCGCCGCGUCCGUGGCGCGCUCUCGCGCGUUCACCAUCGCGCUUUCGAUUGUGCGUCCGUCGCCGCACCGCACCACGCCGCACGGGCUUUCUAUCUAUCUACCUGCCUGCCUGCCAACCAGCCAGCGAGCCAGCCUGCCUGCCAACUCGCCUACUCCGCGUGUGACACGAGGGAGAGACAGAGGAAAGGAGAGGGACUGUUCGUGCACGCGUCGAAGACGCAUCGGUAAAGGAUCGACCCGCUUAUCGUGAUCGCGACCUACCCAACGCAAAACCGUUGAACUUCGCGGGCGCGAGAAAGUUCAGCGAGGAUCGGCAGGACCUUCGACGGCAGGAAGUGCGGGAUACUUCGCUGAUUAGCGAGUGAGUUUCAAGGAGUUUUUGGAAGAGCUCUUGCUGCCAGGGCUAAACCACGAAGAGAAUUUCGCGACCUCUUCUCCAGGAAAUCGAAUAAAGCCCGAGGAAAGGGGGGAAAAAUCAAAGGGAGAGUUUCGAGGAAGAGACACUCCCAUCGCCUCGUGCUGCAGGCUCAUCUAGACCUGGACGAGGACACAGGAGGAGAAGAAGAAGACGAAGAAGAAGAAGAGCGUCCCGCGCCGAUAGAGAGAUCACACCGAUCGUCGAUCACGCUAUCGCCCGUUCGUACUCGAACCGAGAAACCGGCGGAAGCCGACGGCGCUCGAAAUUCUGUCGUGAUCGGGCCGAUUCGUGCGAGGCUCCGCUGCUGCACCUGCCGAGCGUGCGCAUCCUUCGCAGAAGGAAGGAGAAGAGAAAAGGCGACAGAGAGAGGGGGCAAAGAGGGAAGAAGAAGAGGCAGGAGGAGCGAGCGAACGCGUGCUGCGCCGUCCGCUCGACAGCAACAACGGCCACCGGCUGUAUCGAAUGUCGACCAGCGUCAAGGCGGCUGAAAAUCGACGGAAGAAGGAUGCAGCAGCCUCCCUCGAUCCGCGUGUCUUCGUCGAGCGUCGGCUAAUCGACGAUUGAUUGGUUCGCGAAGACGAUACCGUCGGAAAUUCUCGCCGGCCAGAACGGUCCUUCGGAACGCCUAGGAGACUUUCGGGGGCGGUGCACGUGUCCGCUGCCUUUGUGUCCCUUUCGGGAUCACACUGGGAAGAAGAAAGGCGGACUACAAUUUUGUCGUUACUGUUUAUUGUUAGCUUUCUUUCCGCCUCUUUCCUUUUUCGUUUCUUUCGACCGCGACGAAACGCGCGCGUCGUCGCUCGCUCGCGUGUGUGUUAAUUUUCUGUGAUACUUGUGCGUCGAUUGUUGUCGCGCGAUUGGUGAUUCGCGACCUUGCUGUGUUGCCCAGUAAAGUGAUCGACGUGUGGUAGUGAGGAGAAGUUGUUGGCGCGACGCGCGAGGAGAGAAGAAAGGAGAGCCCAUCCUCUCGUGUACGCGUGACUCUCAAUUCAUUACCACGGAUCUUCCUCGGCAAUUCGACGCCGCGCCCACCCUCGAUGAGAGGAGGCACAUGUCCAUUGCUGCCGCUGAAAAUGCAGGGCCUGGCCCGUGUGAACUGCAAGACCCGCAGUUGUGGGUCAAAAUGAGUGCGAUUACUGGCAGCAUUACGAAGAAAAGAAAGAAAUCCGAUGCGAAGCCUCAGUCGCAGAUUAACAAGUGCCUUAACGAAAAAAGACGACGGACCCAAGAGAACUUGUAUAUCGAUGAGCUUGCCGAGCUGAUUUCCGCCACGGACAUGAGCUCUGGCAAGACUGACAAAUGUCAGAUCCUUCAGAAAACCGUCGAGCAGAUUCAGCACUUUAGGCAACAAGAGGGCUCCAAUAGUCAUGCCGUACAACAGGGAGAAGUGUCUUCGUCGAAUCCGAACAUACUGUCCAACGAUCAAGUUGGCUCUGUUUUACUCGAGGCGCUAGACGGCUUUCUAUUUGUUGUAAAUACGGAGGGCCGUGUGGAAUACGUUACGGAUAACAUAAAAGACUACAUAAAUUACACGAAGGACGAUGUCCUCGGGAAAGAUAUUUACAACAUCAUUCACCAUGGAGAUCACAACAACUUCAUGCCCAACUUGUUACCUGUGUCUUUAAGCUGGACGAACGAUCCGCAGCUUCAGACCAGGAACCGCACUUUCACUUGCCGCUUCUUGGUGAAGCCUCCGGAUGAUAAGGACGUGACUAUGGAAGAGAAGCAACAACGAGUAUCGAAAUACGAGUCUAUGCAAAUCUGUUCUGCUGUUCUGCCAAGUAACGCUGAUCGUCUGGAGAGCGGUGAUGUGUCCUCCGAGUCGUCAGACAUUGGUCUUUGCGUGAUGUGCGUAGCGCGUAGAGUAUCGCCAAACGAGAAGCCGAUUGGUACUUCCGUUCCACAGUUCACCUUCAAAUUAGAUACUACGUGGAAGAUUAUCACGGUCGACAUCAGUUGGUUGUCCCCCGUUUACUCCAAGUACCUAACCAAGGACCUGAUAGGCACGUCACUCACGGAUUUGUGCCACCCUCAUGAUCUCAGUACGCUCACGAAGCAUUUGAACGAAACGCGCAAAAACGACCCAAAUACAGUAAAAAGUAGUCCGAGUGUUGUGUAUCGACUGCGCGUUAGUUCUGAUAAGUUCCUUAAGAUUCAAACAAAGUCAAGAUUUUUCCAAGGGAUGAAUAACACGCACGAUAACGACUACGUGAUGGCUAUUAAUUCCAUCAUCGGGGAUAAUUUAAUGCCUAUCGAGGGUGGUCAGCUUUCCAACAACAAAGUGUGCUCGGGACACUCUAGCAACCGCGCGAAUAAUAGUAAUAACAAUAACGGUAACAAUAACAAUAACGUGGGUGGUCCGUUGAUGUCCGUCGCGCAUCUGAACGGUCAAGUGAGUGGUAUCAGUGCUCGCAGUAUGGCGGCUGCCUCGCACGUUGCUACGUCUUCGAACUCGAUCACUAUUAGCACGGGGGGUGUCGCUGGCAGCAACAGCAGCGGUAGUGAUUCGUGUAACCCCCUCACUUCGCUAAGCGCGGCCGGUAAUACGUUCAACCACUUUCCGGGGAAUGUGGAGCUGGAUUUCAACUUCUUCCCUACUUCUACGUGGGACUUGGACAGCACUGCCGGAUGGACGGAUAGGCCGGAAUCGAGAGCGAGCGGACCACCGAACUCUCGACCGCCUUCGCAGCCAGCCCCAACGGCGUCACCGAGUCCGCAGGGAACGACCUUCUCUAGUUCGGCGGUAGCGCCCCAUUGUAGUCCUCUACGUCCGUUCAGCCCAACCACGGUCAGCGCCGCUCAUACCUUCAGCAAUUCGUUCCCCUUCAGUCCUCUUCAGGAGUCCACGCAGACAGCCACAUUGAGCAACACCGCCAUUGGUGGUGUUGGUAGCAACAACGGUGGUAGCAAUGGUGGCAAUACCACUGGUGGUAAUGCCACUACGAACGUAAAACGUACCGAGGACACUAGUAAGAGUGGUUGUCCCAACAAUAGUAGCGCAGGUGGCAAUAGUACGAUGGACAGCGCGACGGUCAGGACCAGCAGUAACAACAGUAAUAGCAGCGGAAGUGCCGCCAUUAUCGCUGUUGAAACUCAGAACAAUAGUGUUGUGUCCACUGAAUCCGGUAGACUCAGAAAUUUGUUGACUAAGGGCCCGAGUGAGGACAGUCAGGACAAUAUGAACAGCGACUCGGGUAGUCAUAGGAUACUGAAGAAACUAUUGAAUCAGCCAGAUGAGGACGACUAUAACUCUGAGCAUAAGGUGCGCACGAGUCCCAGCAACAUACCGAAGUCUAGUAGCAUGGAACACUCGAAAUCGUCACUCGGAAACAACAUGCUCUUGCAGCUAUUGAACGAAAAAAAUGACGAUGAGGACGAAGAGAGUCGUGCCGGGGCAAAGAAAAGAAACGAACUUUUACAACAGCUAAUGAAAGACCAAGAUGAAGAGAGGAAAUCCUUUUUUGAGGAGAGGAAACUACAGGAACAACAGCAAAGUCGGGAAGACUCUCGCGGGAAGGAGGAUCUCUUGUUGCUGAGUCUUGGAUACCGGAACACGACAUCAUCUCCGUCACAGUCGGGCGAUCACCUCAGUCUCGGUAGUACGACUCAGAUCGGCCAGAAAAGACCGGCGGGCGAAGAUGGUGAUAUGAAUGUAGCUGUGAAACGGUCGAUGGAUGGUUCGCAUCAAGUAACUUCUUCUGGCACGAGCUCCUCGAUUAACUCGAACAGUAGGCUGUGGGAGAAAAAUAAGAUGUUGGCGUCCCUGUUGGCGAUAAAGCCGGAGACAACUAAUGUCCCACCGAUUCCCGCAUCUGUGAUAUCGGCAACGCCACAGGAUAAACUGCCUCGCGUGAAACAGCAGCAGCAACAGCAGCAGCAGCAACAGCAACAGCAACAACAACAGCAGUCGCAGCAGCAGCCGUGGGCAGGCGGCAGUAUGCAAACAGUUGGUGGUAAUAAUACGAUAACGACGACCGCGACAUCGGCACGUACUCCUCUCCAAAGCCAGUCGAGACAACUACCUCGUCAACCAACCAAUACCUACCUCAGUCAUAUACUAAGUCAGCAUCAAAGGCCCCAAGUGGGACCAAUCGAGUCCGAGUUUGCGGGUAGUGGAGAAUACCGUCAGACCAGCACCGAUCCAACAAGCUGGGGGGACAAUCAGUCGUCGGAUCCGGAUCUGUCAGAAAUUUUAGAUCAAGUUAUAGACACUUUACCAGAAGAUGCUAUCACAGGUUCGUCUGGGAUAUCAAAUCUCUUGGAUACAGGAGAAACACCGCCAAAUAAUGCCAUGAACGAAAAAAUGGCGAUUAACGCUAUUCAAAAUGCGCUGAUGUCCUACGAGACUACUGUUAAUCCGACGUCUUCCACCAUAACUAUGCCUGGCACGCCUCCAGCUUACUCUACUGCAUUGGGAACCGCACCCGCGACGACAAGUCACAAUUACCAACCGCCACCAAUGUAUCAACAACAACCGAGGAUAAAGUUUAAUACUACUCAGUCAGGUGUUAGACAGACCACCCAAUUUACGCAGCAACAAUUGCAAAUGCAACGAUCAAAACUCAUACAACAGCAUCAGCAGCAGCAGCAGCAACAACAACAACAACAGCAGUUGAAGCAGAGGCUGCUGCAACAGCAGAAACAACAGCAGCUGCUUAUUCCUUCCAACGCCACUGCUACGGACCAAAUUACGGCAGGCAUUCAUAAUAUUGACAACCUUCUCAACAACACUGUUGCACCGCCGAAUGUGUCGUUGCAGCGAUCGAGUGUCCCAGAUUCACAAGUUUCUCCAGGUUAUGGGGGAUCCGUCCAGAUGCCUUCUGGUCAUCGACUCGCUCAUUCUUAUUCCCAUCCAUCGACGAUGCAACAACAUCCUAUUGUGAACAACUUUAACAAUGGACAACAAGUCUCUGCUGCGGCGAGGCUGUCGCCGCAUUCUCCGGCUAGCAUACUGUCAUUCUCUCAUCCACAACCGUUAUCGCCACGGGUGACUCAAGUGAGUGGCACUUAUGGUAACUCGCCGAGAAUAUUGGGAAGGCCACAACAACAAUCUUCGGCGCAGCAGCAGCAGCUGCAACAGCAGCAACAACGAUCGAUGCCCUCGCCAGGGACCCCAGCAUCCGCGCGGCAAUCACCUUUUCCUGCCGAAGCGUUUCCUCCGCCUACAUCUCCGACGACCAGUCAGUUUCCACCAGUUCCCAAUACCGGUGCACCGAAUCCUUCGGCUCAAUAUCGAUUGCAGCGGACCACGUCCACACCUUCUGCGACAACUCAGUUGCCAGGUGGAGUCGGUUCACCCCGGCACUACGGCGGCGUGAGUAAGGAGCAACCUCUUCUUUCACCUAGUCAUUCACACACGGCUUGCCCGGCAACACCUACUCAACAACAUCAACACAACGCCACAAACACUCAACACUUCACCAAUCAACAACAUACCUCUAUGUUAUACCACACCAAUGCCAAUAGUAUCAACACAGCAGACAUGCAGAACAGUCAGUUCUGUUACGAUCGAACGUCAGUCCCGCUCUAUUCGUCUGGGGAGGCUCAGGAUGCCAGAUCACUGCCUCCCAGUAAUCCCGUCAAUCACCAAAUGGGUGGUAAUGCCACCUCGGAAUUUGUGCGGCAAGAAUUGCGGGCGAUUGUUGGCGCACGAACGCAGCAACAACAGCAGCAACAGAGAGUGCCCAACAACCUACAGAAUAAUCUGUCCGGUCAGGUCUCUCAAGACGAUCUUGAUGUGCUUGGGAUAAGGCUUCAAAUGCCUGCAGGUGAGGCUGUGGUUAGCGAUGGCCCCGCCAAGAGCUGGGCCAUUGGGAGCGCCGGAAGUGCCCCCUCGUCCUCCAGGGCUACUAUGGAGGAGGUGGCUCGAGGUGAUCAGAAGUCGUCGUUACUGCAGAAACUACUGUCCGAGUGACUGCAGGCCACCACAAUCCCGUUACGCAGUAAAGGAUUACAUGUAAUAUAUGUUUGAGUGUGUGGAGAGCGAAACGGAGAUACAAGGACGUAAAAGUACGGGAGAGAGCGAGAGCGCGAGAGGGAGAGAGUAUGAGAGAGUCAGAGAGAAUGAGAGAGAAUUAUAAAACGCAUAUACACUCUUGUACGUAAUGGAUACUAUUGUAUUAUAUGUAACGCCACAUACGGAGUCAGUAUUCAUAUACGUAUCACCAAAUACAAUGCGAAACUAGCGCGCGGUGCUCUCUAGAAUGUGUUGCUCGUCUAUCAGUCGAGGAGAUGGGACGAGCGAGUGAACGAGAAAGGAGAGAAACUGAGAGAGAAAAAGAAAGAGAAAGAAGGAGGGAGAGAAUGAGAAAAAUAGAGGUAAUAAAAGAGAUAAAGAAAAAGGGUGGAAAACAGCGGGACUUUUUUUCCUCCCUUUCUUUUUUAUUUUUCAAACUCGAAGGACCAAAAGUUUCCGUUUGGCUAUGUUGAGACUUCCUGAAUGAGUAUUAGAACGGAAAAGAGGUAUUGAUGUUUCGAGAUAUCGCGAUGAGGGAAGAAUCGAGUUUCUAGAAUUCUCUUGUUGUUUUUUUGAAGAGAAAAAAUCUCUCUUUCUCGUUGAGCUCGUCCCGGCUUUGGACAACGAUACCGAGAUAUUAUACGAUAUAACGAUCGCAGGCAUACCGACGAGAUAAGCCCACAUCCGCAUGUUACCUGCUGAUAGGUGUGUGUGAGUAUCAUAUUUUGUGCGUGUGUAUGCGUGUCGCGUUCUCCGUCAGUAUUGUAUUUGGUAUAUCAGCAAGGGCGUUAAGGGAGAGGAAACUAUGUAGGUACCUCAAAAGGUAUACUUUACUAUACCACUGGCUGUUGAACAUAGAAACUAUUUAUAGGAUUUAAUUAUUGUACACAGAGGAAAGAAAGAAAUAGAGCACUCUAUUCACAUAUUCUCCUUAAUUUAAAAGAAAAAAAACAUCCUUUCGACUAUUACAUUUAUGAAUAAUAUAUUUGUGAUUGUAAGAAUCUUCAACCAAAAUGUGACAAAGAAUACUUGUUGUUGUUAAUAUGAUUAUAACUAUUAUUAUAUAUUAUAAUAACUAUUAAUUAUUUUAUUUUAUUUUAUUAUUAUAUUAUUAAUAAUAUUAUAUUAUUAUUAUUAAUAUCAUUAUCACUAUUACCAAUAUUCUUGUUGCAAUUACUAUAUAUUAUAGUAUUAAGAAUUAUUAUUAUUAUUUUAUUAUAUUAUUAUUUUAUUAUAUAUAUCGCGAUACUGAUAUUAUUGAACACUUGGAAUAUGCAUAUUUCUAUUUAAUAGUAAGAGUACCUUUAUAUAUAUAUAGAUAUAAAUACAAUAUAUAUAUUGUAUAAAUGUAUAUGUAUAUAUAUGUAUAGUGGGUUUAUGUACGCGUUAUAUAUAAAUAAUAGAAGCGGACAUUAUUUAUGUAUAAUCGAUAUAUAAAUUGACGUAUAUUUAUAUAUCUAUACAUGCGCGAUGAAAGAAAGAAAGAAAAGAGGAAAUCGAUCUUCUAUUUUGCAUAGCUCGGUAAUGAUUCUCUUUUGGGUCUUAGAUGCACACUAAAUUACUUCUAAAUGACAUCUGUUGUUAUAUAAAUGAGAAAAAGAAAUCUUCUAAUUACACUUACACGCGUAUACGCACACGACGUUUACGUGUGCGUGCGUAUGUACGUAUGUACACACGUACGUACGCAUGUACAUACGCACGUGCGCGCGUAUAUGUAUAUGUGUGUGUGUGUGUACACGCGUGUACACAUACAUAUGAAAGAAAUCUCACGCAAGUGUCUUAUUUUUCCAGGAAGUUCACCACUUAUUAAAAGUUGGAAGAAAUCGCUACUAGAGGUUUUAAACGCGUGCGAUUAUAAACUCAAGCAAGGGGGUUGAUACGCGAAAACGACGUCGGCGACUUUCGCGUCGGCGGAAUCUUGUUUUUGUUGUUAUGCGCGAAUUUGAUGAUAAUGGACAUACGCGAGAAAAGCGUGUUUCUCUUCCGUUUCAUUUCGGCGUGAUUUUCAAAUGUGAUUUCGACGGACGCACAUGGCAAUUAGUAGCGUUAUUUAGAGUAUGUUAUUAUCUCGUUCGUUAUUUUAUAGUAUGCGUCCGUCACGUGAUGUUCUUUAAAAUUCCGAAAGUUUUAUCGAGAGCGGGAAAAGAAACGCGUUUGAUUAUUUACAAAUUAUUUACGGAAGUUGGAUUGUUUCGCUUAGUGAUUGAGGUCUGCCGAGAGAGAGGUGUAUGUAAAAUAAAGGAAUUUGAAAAAGAAAAGAGGAAUCAAAUUUUCGUUCGUUGCGUGUGUCUAGCGAAAACGCGCGUGCGUUGUUGUUACUUUCGUUGCUUUUUGAUAUUUUGUACAGUAUAAAAUACAUUUUUUCCGCGUGGCGCGAGGAAACGAGUACGAUGAUGACUGCAGUUGAGUGACGAUAACGGUAAUGAUGAUGCUGUGAUGACAUUUAACACUUGGCCUGCUCGUCCCUUGUUGCUUUUUCUUCCAAUCGAAAACAGUUACAAAGUUGUAAUCUCCGUAAAAAAACACACAUCCGUGAGGUACUCUGAAUAUGUACACGUACAUACAUAGGCAUGUACUCGCCUGUGAACGCGGAAAUACGUAUGUUACGCGUACGAGAGCGAGAGAGAGAACGAAAGAGAGAAAGAGUGUGAGAUUGAACGAGAGUGAGAAUGAGAGUGAGAGAAAAAGGGAGGGUGAGAAAGAAAAGGGGGAGGAGAAAAAGAGAGAGAGAACAAGGUAGUACUCAUGUACAUGUUGUGUAUGUCGUGUGUGUGUGUGUGCUAAUGUCAGAUGUAUGCAAGAUAGAUGGAUGGGUAAGAUGAUGUUAGGCGCGUAUGUGUAUGCGUGUAUGCGUGUAUGCGUGAUGCGUGCGUUGUUCGUAGGCACGCUCGUACGCGGGUGUGCGUAGCAAAUUACGUCAUAUAGAUAGAUCAUAUGUGCUUUCUAAUGAUGAAUAAUUUUAUAAAUAUAAAUAUAAUACCGAUC